AUGGGAGGCUCUAUAUCUAAAUACUUUUCCAACCUGAUUUGGGGGAAGAAGGAUAUCCGAAUAUUGAUAUUGGGCCUUGAUAAUGCCGGCAAGACAACACUUCUGUACAGAUUAAAGAUUGGUGAAGUGGUAACUACGAUACCAACGAUCGGAUUCAACGUUGAAUCUGUCCAAUACGGCAAUCUCAAUUUUGAUGUCUGGGACUUGGGUGGACAGACGUCCAUCCGGCCUUAUUGGAGAUCAUAUUAUGCCAACACUGCCGCGGUCAUCUUUGUGAUCGACUCGACGGAUAUUGAAAGACUAGAAAUUGCGGCCGACGAAUUAAGGUCAAUGUUGAACGAAGACGAGCUGAAAGAUGCGGCGUUAUUAGUCUUUGCAAACAAACAAGAUCAGCCUGGGGCCCAAGGUGCUGGCGAGAUAUCAGAAGCCUUGAAGCUGGGUGAGCUGAGAGAUCGCAAUUGGAGUAUUGUUGCCUGUUCAGUGAUCGAUGGCAAAGGAAUAAACGAGGGCAUGGAUUGGCUGUCGUAA